UGUCGUGAAUAAAUGUUGCGUUAAGGCAUGAGGAGAACUCAAUCGUCAGAAUCAUAGCAGUCAGAGUGCACCAGAGCAACACUCGUUAAAUAUAUUACUAAACCAGCUGUACAUAAACUACACAAUCACACAUUUACCACGCAAGCGCAUAUUCUCACACUCAUAUAUACACCUACGCAACGAUGUCUUCUUCACCUUCUCAGACUCAGCUGGACGAAACAGCUGUAGAAAAUUUUCGUGAGUACCUGCGAAUACCCUCGGUCCAGCCAGAUGUUAAUUACGAUGAUUGCGUGGCGUUUCUACGUCGACAGGCUGUGUCUCUUGGUCUUCCAGUCAGAGUUUACGAACCUUAUAAGAAAAAACCUAUCGUCGUGAUAACAUGGAUUGGAAAAGAUCCUGCUGCACCUGCUAUUCUGCUCAACAGCCAUAUGGAUGUGGUUCCAGUUUUUGCUGACAAGUGGACCCAUCCGCCUUUCGAUGCCCACAUGGACGACAAGGGGAACAUUUUUGCUCGUGGUGCCCAGGACAUGAAGUGUGUGGGCAUUCAAUACCUCGAGGCAAUAAGACGACUGAAGCAGAAUGGCCAGACAUUCAAGAGAACCAUCCACAUGUCAUUCGUACCAGACGAAGAGAUCGGUGGUGUCCUGGGUAUGAGAGAAUUCGUCCACACAGAUGACUUCAAAGCCCUCAACAUUGGAUUCUCUUUGGACGAGGGCUGUGCCUCACCCACCGAGACAUUCUUCAUGUUCAAUGGUGAACGGUCAAUCUGGCAUGUCUGGGUUCACUGUCAUGGUCAACCUGGUCAUGGCUCUCUGAUGCUGCCAAACACUGCUGGAGAAAAAAUACGUGUCAUCAUCGAUCGAUUCAUGGACUUGAGAGCACAAGAGGCCUCGAAACUCACAGCAACAUCUCUACCUGGCAAUGUUCUGUCUAUCAAUCUCAAUCAGUUGAAGGGUGGUGUCCAAACGAAUGUCAUUCCCGAGGAACUCAUCGCUGUCUUCGACAUGAGGAUUCCACCGACCCUGGACCACAACGAGUUGGAGCAGAAGAUUCUAGGGUGGUGCAAGGAAGCCGGUGAAAAUGUGACGAUUACUUUCGAGCAGAAGAACCCAAGAAUCGAGAGCACUAAGCUGGAUGAUUCCAAUCCAUUCUGGAUUGCCUUCAAAAAAUCCUGUGACGAAUUGGGACUGAAUGUGCGCAACGAAGUUUUUCCUGGUGGCACUGACAGUCGCUACGUUCGUCAGGUUGGUAUUCCGGCAAUCUGUUUCUCUCCAAUGAACAACACGACAAUCAAGCUCCACGAUCACGACGAAUAUCUAAACAAAAAUAUUUUCCUACGUGGAAUCGAGAUUUACAUGCGUAUUAUACCAUCAGUGGCAAACGCUUAAAACCGUCAUCACAAACCCCCAAAGACCUGAAAAUGCCAAAAAUUUCUCGUACUGGGUAUGAAAACAACUGCAUGUCCCCAAAAAUGAUAGAGGGAAUUGUGCAAUAAUCAAUCGCAUGAGAUUAAAAAUCCCUCAGAAUCGAUAAAUUCAAAGUGCCUUAAAAACAAACCAAAAGAUUUGCAGUACCUUGAUAUAUUUUAUACAGAAAUAUUAGUUAUCAAUGUUAUAAUUCAUCAGAGUCUAUACUGUUGACUAAUCAUCUAAGAAAAAAAUACAUAAGCGAAAGAUAAA